GUUUUGUUAGCAGGUUUUGUUGUCUCACACAUCCAUCAUCAUCUCUUGUCCUUUUCCCUCUGCACCCUUCGUUAGUUAUUUUUGGCAUCUCUUAUGCACCCUUCCUUCCACCUUUUAUAAACUUGUCUCCGCGUUGCCAUCACCAUUUCACACUUCAUAUAAUACUCCACCAAACUAUACCCUCCUCACUCCAUUCCAACAAAUAUGGGUCUUGUCUUAUGGACGAUGAUGUUUUCUUUUGUCGUGACAAGCACCUUUUUUUCACUCUCCCACCAGCAACCACCUUUGGAUUCCUCCGAACAAGAAUCUCUCUACGAGGUUCUUCACUCUCUCAACCCCUCUGUUCCCUGGCGCACUCUCUUCCCCGACGAUCUCUGUCUCUCUGCUCCGCACGGCGUCGUUUGCGACUUCCCAACUCAACAAAAUGAAACGCCUCACAUCGUUGAACUCAGCUUCGGCUACGUUUCCGACGAAACCCCCAACCCACCUUGUUCCCCUAACGCCACACUCAACCCUCUAAUCUUCACCUCUUUCCCUUAUCUCAGCAAACUCUUCUUCUACAAUUGCUUCAACCAAUCCCUUCCUUUUCCUCUCUCUCUCCCUUCUUCACUUGAGGAACUUGUUUUCAUUAACAACCCUUCUUUCUUUUCACCUCUCGAUGCCUUUCUUCAGAACCUCACUUCUCUCCGGAGACUCAUUUUGAUCGGAAACGCUUUUCACGGUGAGAUUCCGUUUUACAUUGGUGGGUUUCUUAACCUGGAAGAGGUUACUUUAUCCAGAAACAAUCUUAGUGGUGAAAUCCCCUCUAGUUUGGGGUUGCUGAGGAAUCUCAAGGUUCUUGAUCUCAGUGGGAACAAGUUCGAACAAUGUCUCCCUCACUCGCUUGGUAAUCUCUCCCACCUUUUGAAGCUUGACUUGAGCUUCAAUGGGUUUAGUUGCAGAAUCCCUGAGAGUCUAAGAGGGUUGCAAAGUUUGCAUUUUUUGGAUUUAAGCUUCAACCGAUUCGGUAAUUUUGGGGUGCCUUUAUUCUUGAGGGAGAUUCCCACGUUGAAGGAAGUGUACCUGAGUGGGAAUUUUCUCUCUGGGGUGAUUCCGGAAAUAUGGGAAAAUCUUGGGGGUGUUGAAAAAUUAGGUUUUUCAGAAAUGGGUCUGGUAGGGAACAUCCCUGCUUCAAUGGGGGUUCAUUUGAAAAAACUUACUUAUCUUGGGCUUGACAACAAUAAACUCGAUGGGCCUGUGCCUUAUGGGCUUUUGGAGUAUGCUAGUGAGAUCAAUUUGGAGAACAACAAAUUGAGUGGGAGAGUGGAAUUCUCAACAACCAAAGUAGGACAAAAGGUGAAGCUUGCAGGGAACACAGGACUGUGUGUGGACAACAACAAAGUUGGUUGUAAGAGGAGGAGUGGUGAUGGUGUCUUGGGUCAACAACUGAAGGCCUGCAAGAAAACUGAUGUUGUUCCUGAUGAUGCUGUCGUUUUCAGUGGGGCUUCUUCUCUGCUGCGUUUUGAUUCUCUCGCUGGGGUGUUGUUUGUCUUCACGGGAUUUCGUUGGUUUGGUUAUUACGUGUAGAGAGAAUAGGUUUUUGUCUUUUAGACUGAUGGGGAAAGUGUGUUCUUUUUGACCAGUAAAACAACAACAGAGAGAGAGAGAGAGAGACAUGUUUAUUCUGACUAGGAAAAGGUCUUUUUUAAUUAACAAGUGUAAACUGUAAAGUGCUUAGAGAAUGUUAAGGGGAAACUGUUAAUUACAUUAUUCAAAGUUAAAUAUAUGUUAGUAUUUAUUUA